UACAAGUUUCAUCUAAGUUGCUGAAAGUUUAAAUUUGCCGAAAACUAUAGGGUCAUGACAAUAAGGACAUAAUUUUACUUGCUCGGCAGAAAAUAUUUUAUCGCAGCCAUGGACGACCAAGCUUGUCCACGUUGUAAAACUACUAAAUAUAGAAAUCCAUCUCUGAAAUUGAUGGUAAACGUUUGUGGCCAUGCUUUAUGCGAAAGUUGUGUUGAUUUAUUGUUUUUAAAAGGUUCCGGUUCUUGUCCAGAAUGUAAUGUCCCUUUACGCCGAAGUAAUUUUCGUGUGCAAUUAUUCGAAGAUUCUAUGGUAGAAAAAGAAAUCGAUAUAAGAAAGCGAGUUUUAAAAGAUUUUAAUAAGAAAGAGGAAGAUUUUGCUACAUUGAGAGAAUAUAAUGAUUAUUUAGAAGAAAUUGAAACUAUAAUAUUUAACUUAGCUAAUAACAUAGAUGUUGUAGGCACAAACAAAAGAAUAGAACAGUAUAAAAAAGAUAAUAAAGAAAUAAUUAUGAAAAAUAAAGCCAAAAUAGGUAGAGAAGAGUUAGAAUUAGAAGAAAUAUUGGAAAUAGAGAAACAAAUGGAGGAACUCCGUAGAGCAGAAAUAGUUAAAAUGGAAGAAGAAGCAAAAAAGCAAAAGAUAAGAGAGAAAGAGGCUUUGAUUGAUGAAUUAAUGUUUGCUGAUGGUGAUGCAAAGGAAAUAUUAAAUACAUUUGCUCAAACUGUUGCUAAUAAGCAGGAAGAAGCUGUACCGGUUGUACCUAAAGUGACACAGUUCUCAUCAGGAGUAAAGUUCACAAGAGGCUCAGGACAGCAGCCACUACCAUUCAUUGAAGAAGGACCAUUGUAUAAAUAUGAAGCCCCAGCCGAACCGGAUAGAGUAGGACCCGACCCACCAUCUGUACAGGAAAUUGUCAAUAAUGGGUAUCUGCGUCAUGUUAGGGCAGAGACAGAAACUGAGAAGGCGGGUGGAUACUCCUCAACAUUACCUUGUCUACGAGCUCUACAAGAUGCACUCUCAGGCCUAUAUCACGCUAGCUGACAUACCAAACAAGUUGUUGAUACUAUUGUACUUGAAUAGCCCUACAUUCAAAGCGAUUUAGAGAGUAACCUAUUAAUCUAAGCUAAAAGCUUAUUUUAUUUGCAUUAUUUUAAUGAGAAAAUGACCUGAAUUGUUCGGUAUUAUUAAAACAGUAUGGAAGCAUAGGGAAGGGGUAAAAAAUUGUUGUUACUUUCAUUUUUUUUCACUAAAUUUGUUAAUAUAUAAUGAUAGUAUUAAUAGUAUAAAAAUAAUGCCAAUAAAUAAGACUGAUAGGAAAUUUUCUUUAAACACAUUUGCAAUAUAAAUCAUCUGAUCUUUUAAACAGUAUGUCGCUUUUCAUGUAGUGUGAGUGUAUUAUAUAAAUAUAAUGUGUAUAUGUGGACUGUAAAUAUGUAUGUUUAUAUAUAUAAAAUUAAACAUAAUUCAGGGUAGUAAUAACAAAGUUCAAAAAAUACUUUUCUUAAUGUUUAUGGUAGAAAAAUAUCUAUUCCUCUAUGGUUACUCACCCAAAUAUUAUAAAUGAUACCUGAAGAUUCUAAAUCUAUGAUUUAAAUUUUGUUACAUUUUAAUAAUUGUAUGGUUA